UACUAGUGCGUUCUGGGGCGGUCUCCGGGGGGUCUUCUGUACCCGAGACCCCCGCUUAUCUGUAGUGUUGUAAUGAGCCUCCGGUGACAGCGAUGAGUGUUGGUGUCACACCCACGUGUGUUAUUGUCACCACCUUUCGUUACCCGUGUGCGUGAAACUCGUACCGUGCCCAGACAUGUCUGGGGUCACCGACACCCCAAAUGCCAAUAAGGUGGUGAAGAAAUCAGAUGUGAAUCCGGACUUUGAGUUUCCAAAAGAGGCCGAAUUGGGAUUCGAUGAGUCCGAUUCUCCAUCCGACCUGAAGAUGAUUAACGGCACAAGACGGUUUCCAAAUGUGACUACGGUGCCCAGUCAGCUGCUGCUCGUGUCGCUGGUUGAACAUCUCUGCUACGUCCACGAGCAGAACCCCCAUCGCUCCAAGUAUCUGUUUAAGUUGCUGUGUCAAACCUUCACCAAAAUGGGCCUGUUGACGCCCUUUGCCUUCAGUGAUGAGUUCAGCACGGUGAGGCUCCAGCACAGCACGGCCAUCACCGAACUGCUCAAAGCUGCUAAACGGCACAUGUAUAAAGAGGAAAUCACCAACGGGGAGUUGAACGUACAGUUAGCCAGAGCGAAGAAUAUGCUGUUUGAAGCCCAGACCUCUCGCUACUUGAGUGAGUUUGAGGAGAUCGCUCAGCUCGGGAAAGGAGCUUAUGGGAAUGUGUACAAGGUCAGGAACAAGCUAGACGGACAGUUUUAUGCCAUUAAGAAAAUACUAAUUAAAAAAGUAUCUCGGAGUGACUGCAAGAAGGUACUACGUGAAGUUAAAGUGUUGGCUGGGCUCCAGCACCCUAAUAUCGUGGGAUACCACACAGCAUGGAUGGAGCACGUCCAGCCGCCUCACUCAAAAUGCAAACCACUUGCUCAGCUACAGGCGAUCAAGGGAUCAUCAAGUCACACAUCAUCCAAAAAUAACAAUGGGAUACAGAGUGUGGAAAGCAGUGGGUCGUUUAUCACGUUUGCCGAGUCGGCUGAAAGCAAUUCCUCUCCAGAGCCGGCCUCAGAAAGCAGUAUUUCUAUGUCGUCUGUGGGUAAACCGAUCAGCCCCACCGAAAAGGGGGCAAACAGCCACACGUUACCCGACCUGCGGAAGCAGAGGAAGCAAGACACCAACGCAAACAACGGAUCAAAGACAAGUGUUUGCAAUAAACGCCCCCCGGCCCAGGACCUCUGCUGGAGAGAUAAGUGUCCCUUUUAUUCAGAUGAUGAUGAUGAUACGAGUGAUUCCUCCUGUGAUGAAGAAUGCCCUCAGAAGGAACUGUGUUUGCAUCGGCAUUUUGAAAUCCAGUAUCAUUUAAUGCUUCACAUCCAGAUGAAGCUGUGUGAGAAGUCUCUAAGGGACUGGAUCGCAGAGAGAAAUAAUGGCUACAGGGAGAGGAGUGAUGCUUCCAGUUGUUAUGAUUUUGUGGAUGUGGGACGCACGAUGAGAAUGUUCUAUCAGCUCCUGGAAGGGGUUCAGUACAUCCAUUCCAUGGGUAUCCUGCACAGAGAUCUCAAACCCAGAAACGUCUUCUUACAUGGACCAGAUCUCCAUGUCCGCAUUGGGGAUUUCGGACUUGCCUGUGGUGAUAUCAUACGACACUCAAGAGACCGCUGGUCACAGAAGGAUGGGACCAAUGAUCCAACACACACACUGGGAGUGGGCACUUGGCUGUAUGCUGCGCCUGAACAGUUACAGGGAUCACACUAUGACUUCAAGUCUGACAUGUACAGCGUUGGCAUCAUAUUCUUUGAGAUCUUCCACCCGUUUGGGACAGAAAUGGAAAGGGUUGAAGUUCUCACAGCUUUAAGGGACGGUAUUUUCCCUCAAUCAUUUGAAGAACAUUGGCCAACACAAAGUAACUUCAUCAGAUUACUGACCAGCACAGACUGCGCAAAACGCCCGUCCGCAUCCCAGUUACUGGAAAGCGAGCUCUUUUAUCGCAGAGAAAAUGUGAUUCAGGAUCUUCAAAAAAAGGUGCUUGAUCUAGAAGAAGAAAACGAGAGACUGAAGAAAAUGUUGCGUGAACAGUCUGCACCCAGGCAGGACGAUGGCGUAAAAGCUGCUGGAAAUAAGACUGCGGAUGCACGAACACUUGCAGACAGUUUCUUUACCUCUGUAUAAUGUAACUCAGAUUAAUAAAUUCUAUUUAUAUAAAA